AUGAGCACAUAUGAGUCGCUUUCCACGGUCAUCGUGAGUUGCGGCAGCAGCAGCGGCGGCAGCAGCAACGGUGACGGUGCCUCCGAAGCGGCGCUGCAUCAUCAUCGCCGGCCUGACUCGGUGGCGCGCACCAUGGCCGAGCACGCGGAUGACGGCAUUGAUGGUGCUCUCCAUAUUGCCAGCACCACGGGCCCCCACUCGGGUCGAUUGCGCACGCGCCACAGGCGCCAGUCCAACGCAGGCCGCUCCACCGGCGAUUUGGAGAACCCGCUGGGAGGGGUGAGCACGACUUACUUGACGCUGUGCUGCGACAGCGUCAGCGUGCAGCUCAGUGCGCGUGACGUCAUUGACGACGUGUCCUGCCUCUUCCGCGGCGGCCGCGUCACGGCGGUUGUGAACUGCUGCGGCGCGCACAGUGCCUUCGCCCUGCUCGCUGUGAUAGCAGGUCGGGUGGAGGGCACGGCUGGCAACACGGUGCUGAAUGGCAUCCCCGUCUCCGCAUCGACGUAUCAGGCGCAGGUGAGCUUCCUGGAGGACGUCGGCGAAGUCGCUGAGAAAGAGGAAGAGAGCGGCAGCCGCACCGCCAGGGCGUCGGGCGGCCUCUUUGCUGAACUCACUGUGCGUGAGAACCUACAGUAUACCAGCGCGUUGCGCGUCGCCAACUCGGCGCCGGCGUAUUCGGUGGACGAGGUACUGCAGCAGCUGUUGCUCGGACCCUACGAGGCAUCUAAGAUCAAGAACUGCUCUCUCUACGUGCGACGCCGUGUCGCCCUGGGAAAGGAGCUGCUGCUCAAUCCCUCUGUGCUCCUUCUUGAUGAACCGCUGGAGGGACUGGCCACGCACGAGUCGCAGCAGUACUUGACGAUCUUGUCGAAGCUGGCGGCACCGUCCGCAGCGGAUGCCGAGGCUUGCCGCGUCAUGCGUGAGGCAAUGUGUGCCGCUGCUGCUUCCGCUGCUGGUGAGCGUGGGGUAUCCGCGUGUACCGCUGCCAAUCUUGCCGCAAACUCUCAUGCGGCCGAUGUGUUGCUAUACACUCCGCGCCAGGGCAGGCUGCACUCCGGCGCGCAGGCAAGCCCAUCGAUGCCGGCAGACAUGUUGCCUACUGCUGCCACGACAGCCACCGCCACCUUUGCCAAUCCGGCGGGCUGUGCCGAGGCUCAGCGCAUCGUCGUGCUGUCCAUGGUGCAGCCGCGCUGGGCACUGCUGCAGCACGUGCACGAUGUCGUGCUACUGGAGCGAAACCGCUGCGUCUUUGCUGGCUCGGUGCAGGACAUGCUGGCGGUGAAGCUGCCCAAGGGUGUCAUGCGGGAGAGCAUGGCAGUGAGCGCGAGCGGCGGCGGGGAGCUAACCGAUGAGACGGGCGCUCUCACCACUGGCACCGCCGCCGCCGCACCGUCCACGCCACGUCGCGACCCUCUCACGGCAGCGCCGGUGGACUCCUACGACGCAGUCGACGCCUCUAUUCAGCAGCAGCGUCUUGGUGAGCAGAUUGUGCACGGUCUAUACCGUCUCGCCGCGAGCAGGAUGACUGCAGCGGCUGGUGGCGACGGCUCUGAAAGCGGCGAGGGCGGCGCAGCAGCGACCGCAGAGUCGGAGUUUCGCCUCAUCAUCAACGUUGAGAGUCUCUCAGAUGGGCAGGCGUCGCGCCCGUCCUCGGUGGCAGCUUCAGCGUCGUCGGCCCCAUGCACCGGCACGAACGCGGACGGACUCUCAGUCACGCCACUGAGCCAGCUGUACGCACAUCGGCAGCAGCGCACGCGCGCCAAGGUGACGGCGUACAUGGAGGCCUGCGCGAUGGGUCUUGUCGAUAUGCCAGAGGCAUUCCAUCAGCCGCCGUCUAGCAUAGUGCAGCUGCUGCACCUGUUCCGCUUCGGCUUCCUCGAGCUGCGACACAACCUCCUCUGGGACGCCUUUUCGCUGGUGUGCGGGCUGACGCUGGCGGCGGCGCUCGCCGCGCUCUACGGUCGCCAGGCCGGCCAGGACGGCAUGCAGAACCGCGUCGGCAUCAUUUUCUUUCUGGUUAGCUGCGUGGUGCUGCAGGCGGUGCUCUCGCUGGACACCCUGCGGUGCGAGUACGCGGCCUUCCAGCACUACUCUUUGCGAGGCUACUACGGCGCCUGCACUUACCUCAUCUUUUGCGCCAUCACGGCCGCGUUGUGGCGCUUCGGCCUCGCCUCCUUCGUGGCUCUUGCUGUCUUCGUGCUGUCGAACUUUGGGGAGCCCUGGCACGAGUACCGCGGCGUCUUCGAGCUCUCCGUCAUUUUGGCCGUGACAUCUUUCUGCAGCCACUUCGGUGUUUGGUUCCUGUGCGCCUGGUUACCUUCCGAUCACGUUGGCCGCUUCAUCAUCUUCACCUUCUACACACUCAACAUCAUCUUGGCCGGCCUCGUGCUGAACCUGCAGACACUGCCGGAAACAGUGCAGGCCAUUUCGUUUAUGUCAGUGGUGCGCCUCGCCUACGAGUCAUGCAUCCUGACCCAGUUCAUCGGCAAGUCGUUUGGCUGCCACGACGAUGACGCAGCUAAAGCGGACGGCACCUGGCCACGUGUGUCGGUGAUCCCACCGCCGUCGUCGGCGGCGCACCAAGGGGGCAUGGCUGCUCCGAUUGCCGAGUACGCCGGCGCAUGCCGACAAGCUCGCGCCUCCACGCCACUCAUGCGGGGCAUGUUUGGCGCGCGCGCCGCUGUCCAUACCAACACCUGCUACACCGGCACCGAGUACGCUGAGUUUCUCGGCUUCAGCCCUUCACGGCGGUGGUCGAACGUGGGCGUACUCGUCGGCAUGUCGGCGCUGCUGCUGGCGGGCAGCUGGAUCAUGAUGACGCUGUAUCGCCCGCGGCGGCGGCUCAGGAUGUCGGCUUAA